AAACAUGCCUUAUCACGGAUUGCCCGCCGUCGUGCAUUAAAUAUAAAUUAUCGCGUCGAGCUGUAGCGUGUGAUUAUACGGAUGUUAUUUGUUGCAAUUAAAACCUCGUUGAAUUAAUUGUCGAGAGGUGUGACGAAAGAAGCAGGGAAAAACUUCUUUCGGUAGUUUGCCAUCCCGUGUAAUAAUUUUUUUUGCGUAAUUGCGACGCAGCGCGAAAGAUAUAUCGAGCUUAUCAUUCGCAAUGCCGAUCGACUACGCCGCAUUUGCGUACGCUGCCGCGGUGGCUGGUGGUGGAGUGCUAGGUUACGUGAAAUCGAGUUCCAUCCCUUCACUGGCCGCGGGUCUUCUUUUUGGAUCAGUUCUAGGAUAUGGUGCUUACCAGACUUCCCAGGAUCCAACCAACGUUGCAGUUUUCUUAGGCACUAGCACGGCCCUUGGAAGUCUGAUGGGAUAUCGAUUUUACAACAGUGGAAAGAUAAUGCCAGCUGGAGUAAUCGCUAUACUAAGUGCUGUUAUGGUCGAAUAUGAAAUGGCAAGAAUCAUAGCGUGUGUUGUGUUAGUUUGCCUGAAUGCAUGUUGUAUAUUAAGUACGGAUGAAGACAGCGAUGCAAUACAGAAGCCAACUUACAAAAGUCCGGAACCUUCCGAUUUCGCUCACCUAGCGGAGAACUUUGACAGUGAGGAGAGAUUUAGGAAUGUAUGGAUAUUAUCAGAGGCGAAAAAAGAUGAUAUUGAUGAAGAUAUCGCUAAAUACGAUGGAAUUUGGUCCAUCGAGGAACCUAAGAAACAUGGCGAGGAUGGAGACUUAGGAUUAGUGCUUAAAAGCAAAGCUAGACAUGCUGCCGUUUCUACUGCAUUAGUUAAGCCAUUUUAUUUUGAAGACAAGCCCUUAAUUGUACAAUAUGAAGUUAAUUUUCAAGAGGGACAAGAAUGUGGUGGUGCUUAUCUUAAGUUGCUUACUUUAGAUGAUAAAUAUGGAGACUUGAAACAGUUUCAAGAUAAAACACCAUAUACUAUAAUGUUUGGGCCUGAUAAAUGUGGCAACGAUCACAAGCUUCACUUUAUAUUUCGACAUAAGAAUCCAUUGAAUGGUACAAUCACAGAGAAACAUUGUAAAAAAUCAAAAGACAAAAUGGAAGAUUACUUCAAAGAUAAAAACCCGCAUUUGUAUACUCUGAUCGUACGGCCUGAUAAUAUGUAUGAAAUCAAAGUAGAUAAUAAACUUUUAAACACCGGCUCGUUACUAGACGAUUUCACUCCUCCCGUGAAUCCGCCUCUAGAAAUAGAAGAUCCUGAUGAUAAACAGCCUGAGGAUUGGGAUGAUCGAGAAAAGAUUCCUGAUCCAUUGGCGGAAAAGCCUGACGACUGGGAUGAAGAUGCUCCAGCACAGAUAGUUGAUGAGGAAGAUAUUAUGCCAGAAGGGUGGCUUGAAGACGAACUGCCGAUGAUACCGAAUCCGGAUUCGGUUAAGCCCGAUGAUUGGGAUGUCGAGAUGGAUGGUGAAUGGGAGCCUCCGGAAAUACAAAAUCCAAAAUGCGUGGAUGUUCCUGGUUGCGGACCAUAUAAGCAGAAAAUGAUGAAGAAUCCACGAUAUAAAGGAAAAUGGUUGGCGCCACUUGUUAACAAUCCUAAUUACAAGGGAAAAUGGAAGCCUAGACUUAUAGAUAAUCCUGAUUACUUUAAUGAUAAACAUCCGUUCAAGAUGUUACCAAUUAGUGCUGUUGGCUUCGAGCUGUGGUCAAUGUCUACCGACAUAUAUUUCGACAACAUAAUUAUAACAGAUGAUGAAAAAGUUGCGAAGAAAUGGGCAAUUGAUACAUUCGAGGUUCGACGUGUUAAAAUUGCUGAGGAAAAUUGGAGUACAUGGAAUCGGAUUGCGAAAUUUACUGCGGACCAUCCAUGGAUGUGGGCAGUAUAUCUAGUACUAAUUGCAAUACCAGUAGUACUGAUAAUGUAUUUUUGCUGCUUUUCCGAGGACAAAACAGAUUUUAAAGACGAAGAAGAUGAAAAGUCACUCUUAGGGUUAGGCAUUGACGAGACCAUGGAAAAUGAAAAUUCUGAGCUUGAACAAAAACCUGUCAUAGAAGAAAUAGGAGAUACAGAGAUAGAGACUGGAACAGAGGAAGUGAUAAUAGAAAGUGAUAAGGAUACUCCACCGAUUAGUAGCGAAGGACCACGACGAAGAAAACCAAAUAAAGAAUAGGAAGAAGAAUAAUUAUAAAAAAAUUUAAUAAGAGUAUUAUCGCGUUAAGAUAUUUAUAUAAUACUAUCACAUUCCACACAUUACAUUUGCCACUGUGGAUAGUAGGUUACCAGUCACUAGUAAAUUCA